AUGGCCGCGGAGCCGUGGGCUGGCGCCCACGCCUCCGCCGCCGCCGCGAGCUCGGUCGCGCUAGAGGCCGCCGAGCUGACCGCUCUCGCAGAGGCCGACUCAACGCUCCUCGACGGCCUGCGUGAGGACCGGUGCGAGUCCGCUGCACGGCUCCUACUGCAGGCUGACUUCAUGCUCUGCGCCACCGGGGCGGGCAUGUCUGUUGGCUGCGGCAUGAGCACGUACCGCACCUACAGCUCGACAGGUGAGGAAUCCGCGGCGCGAGUCGGAGGCAGCAGCGGCGACGAUGGCGACAGCGACUACGCUGGUCCUCUGUAUGAGGCGCUGGCUUCGGCCGAGACGCUGCGCCUCGACCCAGCCUCCUUUCACGCCUUCAUGUGCUCCUUUUUCAACGACGCGCAAGAGGCGCGCCGCACCGCCGGCUACCGCACGCUGCGGGCGUGGCAGGACUGCCUCUUCUCGAGCGGGCACGCCUUCACCUUCACCUCGAACGUGGACGGGAUGCACCUCCGCGAGGGCUUCGCCUGGGUCUUCGAGUGCCACGGGUCGAAGAUGCGGUGGCAGUGCAGCAAGCCGUGCCGCGACGAGGUGUGGGAUCUGUUGCUGUACCCGUCCUUCCGUUUCCCUUCUGCGCGGCCCGCAAAGCGUCGGCGGCUGCAAGAGCAGGACGAGGCGCCUUCUGCAGGAAACAGCGACGCGGCGCCGGAGCGGCCAGGCGGCGGAGGGCACGGCCGCCUGAGGAAGCGAUCAGUUAUGAUGAAUGUACCGAGGCCCACGGGAUAG